AUGAGGAGUAUGGCGGAAACCAUGACAGUUUCUACAUCAGGAAAAGACGACAAGUUGGUCGCCACAAGUGCAGUUGACACCGAAUCGAAGGUUGACGGUCAUGUAUCUCUUGGCCAGGCUGAUGCAGCACUGGAGUACCUUCAUGCUGGCGAGGUGGCAACUUUCUCUGAUAUCGAUGAGAAAAGGCUGGUUCGCAAGAUCGACUGGAUGGUUGUGCCCCUAAUGUGGGCGAUCUACUUUCUGCAAUACCUAGACAAAAUUCUAAUCAAUUAUGCAUCGGUCAUGGGCCUUCUUGAUGACACUGGCAUGCGGACAGACCAAUUCUCAAACCUCGCUUUGGCAUUCUACGUAUCAUACCUCUUCUUUGAACUUCCAACUGGGUAUUUCAUGCAGCGUUUGCCAACUGCAAAGUACUUGGGAAUGAAUGUGACCCUCUGGGGCCUUUUGACAACUCUGAAUUGUGUUGCGAAGAACUUUCCCGGACUCGUCGUUCUUCGAGUGCUCCUAGGAUGUUUCGAAAGUGCUGUAGCACCUGCGUUGAUUCUGAUAACCUCCAUGUGGUACAAGAGGAACGAACAACCUAAGCGCAUCGGUUUCUGGUACCUGGGCACAGGUACCGCGACCAUAUUAGGCGCCCUCGUUGCAUACGGGCUGCUUUUCUACGAAGGAGACAAGUUUUACUCCUGGCAGAUCAUGUUCUUGAUCUUCGGGCUCAUUACUAUCGCAGUUGGGAUCACAGUUAUUGUUGUCUUCCCAGACAAUCCUAUGAAGUCUCGCCUCAGCCAUGAAGAGAAGUUAAUGGUAAUUGAGCGUCUUCGCGAGAAUCGGACGGGUAUCGAGAACAAGCAUUUCAAAUGGGAGCAAUUCUUCGAGGCUUUCAAAGACCCUCAGACCUACCUGAUCGCUAUAAUAGUUGCCUCGGGGAAUAUCAGUAAUGCAGCCAUCAGCAGCUUCUCGGCCUUGAUCAUCAAGAAUUUCGGAUUCGACACCAAGGAGACUGAGCUACUUACGAUACCGGGCGGUGUCGUCAGCGUGAUAAGCAUCCUACUCGGUACAUACCUAGCAGGCCGCUUCGACCAGCGGUGUUUCUGCAUCAUCGGCAUUCUAUGCUCUGGCCUCCUUGGAGGCUGUCUCAUGGCAUUCGCUCCGAGUGACAACAAAGGCGCCAAGUUGGCAGGAAACUACCUGACCAACUGCGUGGGCUCAGCACUUCCCUUGCUUUAUUCUACCGUCGGCGCGAAUGUCGCCGGCCAUACCAAGAAAGUGACCAUGAAUGCAAUCGUUCUGAUGGCGUUCUGUCUGGGCAACAUACUAGGCCCGUUGUCGUUUCGCACUGAGGACGAGCCAGAGUACAUGCCAGCUAAGGUCGCCAUUGUGGCCACUGUCUCUGUUGCGAUAGUGUUCACCGUGGCUCUCAAGUGCUACUACAUCUGGGAGAACCGACGACGCGAUAGAAAGUGUGCAGGGCUCCAACAUGAAGAGAAUUCCGAGUUUUUGGACCUUACAGACAAGGAGAACCUUGAGUUUAGAUAUAAACACUGA